UAUCAAGUCUAUUAGGACUCUGAAGGUACUGGGUGGUUGUCUAACUGGAAGUCUUUAAAAUAUCGUCUAUUUAUACCAUAGGGAUUUGAGCCAGACAUUCCACCUGAGACCCUGCCUGUACUGGACGGCAAGUUGUCUCUGACUUUUGUGGGAAAAUGAGUCCAACCGAUGCUAAACGAGGUGCUAAACGCAGGAAGAACAAGCGGGGCGGUGGCAGCAGUAGCUGCAGUAGUACUGUCUGCAGUACCAGUGGCAAGGCCGGGGUUUCAGCCACGGACCUGAGUCUUCAAGCCACGGCAACACCCGUGUCUACCAUGGGCUUUCUGACAUCAGGGAGCUCUGGAAAUGGGAACAUGGGCUCUAUAACAGGCCUGAACGGAGAGGUCUCUAUGAACGGUAACGUUACACCACAGUUUUCGGAGGGGCCGGUGAAUUCCGACUUCUCUGGAGUCCUUCAGACCCCGUUCACAUUUGGCCUGAGCCAGAGGGCCCCAUAUUCCACCACCGGCGACCGCUGCCUCCUGUGCCGGAGUGAGCGCAAGCCAGACAGCACCCUCCAUCCUGAUGCGAUGCUCCCCGGGGCGGGGCCGAACGGUAUGGCACAGCCCCCCAAGUCCCCCAGCGCUCUGCAGCUGCCCCUGUGGGUGUGCCCCGACUGCCGGCGCACGGUGGAGAAGGAGGACCGCCACGCCUCCCUGGAGCAGUCGCUGGUGAGCCAAGACUUCCUGUUGCACAUGCCUGUGGGUAAUGGAGGCUUGGGCCAGGAGCUGCCCGCCGCAGGGGGCAGACUGACCAAUGGUGGCACACCCCCAACCCUCCCCACUCUCCCCGUCCCAGACCUCACCACCCCUAUGACCGCUGACACCGUGUGCAGUUGUGAGGCCUGCAACGAGAGACGGGAGAUUUCGGCCGAGUCAGAGCGUGAGUCCCAGCUGCUGCAGAACCACUGGUCGGAGGUACGCUACCUAGUGCGGUGCAUCUACCGCCAGACAGGCACGCCGCUGGCCCACGACCAGCCCCUUGACCGCGACAAGGAGGGCAUGAAGGAGCUGGUGGACAGGCUGUGCGAGAAGGACCCGUACCAGCUCUACCAGAGGCUGGAGCAGCAGGCCCGCGAGUAUGUCCUAGAAAUGAAGGUGCGCCUGCUCAAGCACCUGUCGACCGGCUCCAAGGCUGCGGCGGCCGCCGCCCAGGGCCCCCCGCAGGCCCACCAGUUCAUCUCGCUGCUCCUGGAGGAGUACAGUGCCCUCUGCCAGGCUGCCCGCACCAUCAGCAGCUUCCUCCUCACCCUGGAGAACGAACACCUGCAGAAGUUCCAGGUGACGUGGGAGCUGCACAACAAGCACCUUUUUGAGAACCUGGUGUUCUCCGAGCCUAUCCUGCACAGCAGUUUACCUGCACUGGUUGCACAGCUGAGGCACGGCACGGCCUCCCACGACUCGUAUAGCGAGGACAUGUACAGAACCCUGCUGGAGAGCUACCAGCAGCUGGAGCAGGAGAUGGCCGCCGUGGCGGCUGAGUGGCAGGAGUGUGAGAAGAGGAUUGACGACUACGUCGACGAACAGCUGCUUUUUAAGGUGGAGGGCCAGAAUCUCACAAAUCAACGGACAGAACCACAUAAGUCUUUAAUUAGCAAAAAUACUUUGAAAACAAAACAACGGAUGCUGAAGGAAGACUGGGAAUUCUUUAAACAGAGGAGGUUUAUAGAAGAACAGUUAACCAACAGUAAGAAAUCUUUAGCUGGUGACAGUAACUUUACAGACACGAUGAGAAUGCUCUCCUCUCGUCUCAGCAUUCCAGACUGUCCAAAUUGCAAUUAUCGAAGACGAUGCACCUGCGACGACUGCAGCCUCUCCCACAUCCUGACGUGCGGCAUCAUGGACUCUCCCAUUGCCGAGGACCUCCACAUCAAGCUGCCGCUUCAGGCCACGGAGCCCCCACAGCACCGGGACUACCUGGCCGAGGUGCACCCCCCCAGUCUGUCCUCCGGGGGCAGCUCAGCCUCUGCUUCGGCCUCCAGCUCGCCCAUCACCAUACAGCAGCACUCGCGCCUCAUAAUGCCAGAAGGGGUCGCCACCACCUUUGGUAGCGACGAGGACGAAGUGCCUCCGCUGUUGGGCAAGUUUGCGGACAUCUACCCCAUGGGGGGCUAUGAGGACCCAGGGGUGGUGGCCAGGAUGAACGGCCUGCACAGCGAGCUCAACGGUGGCGGAGAGAACAUGGCGCUCAAAGAUGAGUCUCCUGGAGGGAGCAGCAGCAGCAGUAGUUCGUCGGAGGGUGACGAGGAGGAGGCUGACGAGGAGAGCGGCGGGGAGCCUCCGGGCCAGCGGGGGGAGCUUUCGCCAGGGAAGAGCAACAACAGCCCUCCGCCCUACUACCCACAGCAUCAGGUGGAACAGCACGCCUGCGAGUGCCACGUGUGCAACCAGGACCUGUCCUCCUCCCUUGCCCCCCUGGGCCCAGCCCCCCCCCUCUCCCCCAGCCGGAUCCACACACCCCCCUCCGGCCACCACCACCAGUUCUUCACCGGGGGCGACAACCAGAACCCCAGCCACCCGGCCCUCCACCUCUACCCCCACAUCCACGGCCACCUGCCCCUGCAUAACCUCUCCCACCUGCCCCGGCCCCUGCUGCACCCCACACUCUACCCCAGCCCCCCCCUUUCACACAGCAAGCCUAUCCCCCUUGCCCCCACGUCGAGCCACACAGGGCCCAAGCAGCAGGCCUUCAGCCCCUCCCUACCGGACCAUGUCUACCAGAACUGCUUUGGUGGCGGCGCUGGCGACUGGAACAACUCGCUGCAGUGCCUCUCGCUCAAGUUCGAGAACAUCUGCGACGCUGCCAUGAUGAAGAAUUGGAACCCAUCAGUGCUGCUACAGGAGCCCCUGCCAGGGGACAUGCUGGGAUCACCCCACCACCCUGACGUGCCCCUCCCCCCGCCCUCCUCCUCCAGCUAUGGUGACCACGCCCACAUCGCCUCGGCCGAACCAACCUCCCUUCACCUCCUCCCACCCUCGCCGUCGGAGCAGCAACAGCCCCUGCCCAGGGAGAGGAAGAACGGUGCCAAGAAGAAGUGUCUCUACAAUUUCCAAGAUGCCUUCCUGGAGGCCAACAAAGUGGUGAUGGCCACCUCUGCCUCCACCGCCUCAGUCUCGUGCACGGCAACCACUGUCCAGUCAAGUGAUGUAUUUCACAAUAUAGGUAAAGAGGACAAUGGGCAACAACCUGGCCCCAUCGCCCCUAGGAAUAGCCCCACAGGCCUGGCCUCCCUCCCUCAGCUCUCGUCUGGCCCAGCCCUGCCUCCUUCCCCUGGCCCCACCGCCCAGCACCACUACCCCAGCAUGGGCUCGCAGCCCUUCCCAACGACUUCCACCACGUCCCCAGGCUUCAUGGAGGCCCACCACCAGGGCAUGUGCUUGUCCCCAGCCGAGCCACCUGACGCCGCCCCAGCCGACGGGGCCAUUAGCGCGCCGCCCAGCGUGUGCAGUGACCCCGAGUGUGAGGGCCACCGUUGCGAGGGAAACGGGGCCUACGACCACCAGGGCUACGACGGCGAGGAGAGCCAGGACGAGGACAGCUGCUCGGAGCACAGCUCUUCCACCUCCACCUCCACCAACCAGAAGGAAGGGAAGUACUGCGACUGCUGCUACUGCGAGUUCUUCGGCCACGGCGGGCCCCCGGCGGCGCCCACCAGCCGCAACUACGCGGAAAUGCGCGAGAAGCUGCGCCUAAGGCUGACCAAGCGGAAGGAGGAGCAGCCCAAGAGGGAGGAGCAGCCGGCCGUGGUGGAGCGCGACAGUGGUGCCGACGGCAUGGAGGACCACCGGCGGGUGGAGGACCUGCUGCAGUUCAUCAACAGCGCCAGUGACAACAAGCCUGCCUCCAGCUCCAAGGCUGCAAAGCGGGCCCGCCACAAACAGAAGAAGAUGGAGGAGAAGGUGCGUCUGGAGGCGGAGGCCCGCGAGCGGGAGGAGGAGCAGGUGCAGCAGCUCCUGGAGGAGGAGCAACGGCGGCGGGAGGAGGAGGAGGCCCUCCAACGGGAACUCCUCCGCCUGCAAGAGCUGCAGCACCUCCGCUCCGCCAAGAAGAAAAAGGAGAAAGCCAAGGAGCUCGCCGCCCCCGUACCGCAGAACAACCCCCAGCCCCUCAAACAGACGGCCCAGAACGUCCUAGAGAACCUCCGCAACGGCAAGAGCCAGCUCCUGCACAGCCUCAUGCGCCUCCCUGGCCACAAGGAUCCCAGAGUGGAGCACCGACCCCAGCCCCGGCCUCCCCCCUCACAGCACAGUCCAAAGAACAGCAGGGAGAAAGCCCCUACUCCGGCCCCCUUCACCCCAAAUGCCCCCAACUCCCCAGCCCCCUUCCUUCUCAACGGCACCUCCGUUGCACCCCAACCGACGGAGGCCAAUGGCAAAGCCAAGCCAAAACAGCAGCAGCCAAUCAGGCAAACCGCCAGCGAGACAACGAUGGUCAAGAAAGCCCCAGAGGCGACCACCACUAACAGUACACCACAACUACCACCAGAUGUCAAAGUGACCCGGCCCAGGCUUCCCGCUGAAGACCCGGUCGUCCCUCUGGCACCGGGACCCAGGAAGGAGGAGAGGAACAACGGGAAAAGGCAGCACCAUCAGCAGUCGGCGAGCCAGGUGAAAGAUGAGAGGAGCCGACCCUUGUUGGAGCCCUCCCCACCCCCUGCCUCGCAGACGGAGCAUCCCCAGCAGAACGGCAAACCCCUCAGCGCAGAAUCCCCCCAGCCCAAGGCCAAGGCCAAGAAGAACAAGAAGAAGAAGGCCGACAAGACAAACAACUCAAUAGAUGACGUUUUCUUGCCCAAAGACAUUGAUCUGGACAGUACUGACAUGGACGAGACUGAGAGGGAGGUGGAGUAUUUCAAAAGGUUCUGCUUGGAUUCCGCCAGGCAGACCCGACAACGGCUGUCCAUCAACUGGUCCAACUUUAGCUUGAAGAAAGCAACGUUCGCCGCCCACUGAUGGGACCUCGCGUAGGACAAAGAAAAAGAGACUGUGGCAGGAAGCAAUCAGCACCCCCCCCCCCCCCCCCCCCCCCCAUUCAAACUGCUACCACAGACCCCGUCAUCCCGUAGCCCUGCUGUGCCCAGAUGGCGCACACCCACGCUGCCUUGUUCUUUGUUGCUGUGCGGUUCUACCAUGAACCCAUCCUCCGGGCUGAUCCUCAAGCAGAACUCUGAGAGAGAAAAAAAAUUACAUUAAAUGACACACACAAAAGAAUAAUCACAAAAUGCUACUUUCUACCUGGUUUUGUUUUUGUUGCUCAUUUGUGUGUUUUUAGUCUGAGGGGCAUUUCUCUUGACUUAAAAAGCCAUGUUCUGAAAUGCAUUUUCUUUUCUUUUUUGCCGGACUCUUAGUCAAAAGAUCCUUACUAUGUAUGCUUUGUGAAAACAGACACACAUGGGAAAAAAUGUGGAGAAAAAAAAGAUAUCUGAUGAAUUAAAGCCUUUCAUUCAGUUACUGUGGCUUACUAUCCCCUUGUUACCCACGAUUCCUAGCACGGCAUCUCAUUCAGAUAACUGACAAGGGAAUGAAUGGGCAUGGUCUGCCAUACUCUCCCCUGCCCCCAACAACUCUCACUUGACUGAGAGGAACUUGGCUUAAUACUUGACAAUGUUCUUUUUUUUAUUUUUUCAAUUUCAUUUAACAAAAUCGAUAAGUGUACCAGUUACAGUUUUUAUUUUGUUUUCUUUCCUAUUUUUGACUUGUAUCCAGCUUGUAUCACAAUACUUUCAGAAUGAAAUUGAAGAAAAGAACAAUGCACACUAUCAAUCUGUUAUAGAGUGUAUAUUGUAUUAACACUGAAGCCAAACUGGCUACCUUUUAACAUAUUGUUAAGUAAUAUUAAAAUCUUAUCUUUCUUUUUUGAAAGAUGGAAUACAGUAGUAUGGCAGGA